UCUCAGUCGCAUCGCAGUACAGCACAGUACAGCAGCAGAGCCUAACAAGCGCGCCAAGCCAUCAGCUGCCUGCUUUCUUUGCCAACACUUGGCUUGCGAUAUCGAUGGCGAACCACGGCGCCGCGGCUCUCGCGAUCAUCGCGUCCCUCCUCGUGGCGGUCACCCUCGCCGACGCGAGGCUCACCGCGCACCACGGUUACGUGGUGGUGGAGGAUGUGAAGGCGCCGGUCCCGGCGCUGACAUGCAACAAGGUGCACGGGGUGCAGGCGUCCGAGACGUGCUUCUCCGUGUCGCAGAGCGCCGGGCUGACUCAGGACCAGUUCCUCGCCUUCAACCCAAACAUCAACUGCGCGAAGGUCUUCGUCGGCCAGUGGGUCUGCCUCGACGCUGCCGCCGCUUAACUUGAACCGGUGUCAAAUGCAUUAUCCGUUCGUGCAUGGACUGCUGUUGUUACAUCUACGAAUAAGGAGAAGGAUUCUGUCCUUUGCCUCCACUUGCCGGCCAGAGUUGGCUCGGCUAUGUGACUUUGCCACUAUAUACUUGAGUAUUUUGCUUGAAUGCUUGUACUUCCCUCACAAAAAAGAGGUUGUUUGGUUGGUUCUUAUUUGAUUUGGAUUUACUA